GGUAAAGAUAAAACCUACACCUUCCUGUAUCAAUAGGCAGAAUAUAGCGCGCUUUACGUAUGUAUGUAUAUAUAUGUAUAUAUAUGUAUAUAUGUUAAAGAAUCGAAUCGAAUUUGGUAGGUUUGGUAUCGUAAUCGAAUCGAAGCAUUUCAAAUCGAUUUUCGAUGAAUCGGAUUGAAUCGUUGCAGCUCUAAAAAACACAGCUGAAUUUGACCAGCCACUGUCAGAUAUACAUCCUGAUGACCCUUGUGUAGACCCUUGCAACAGAUCUGCAUCCAAGCGUUUCCCUUUGAAAACAAAGAAUGGUGGAAGCUGUGUGCCUAAUGCGUUGCCACAUCCAAUUAUUGUUGUAAUGCAGAACCUUGACGAAGUAACUGCUGAUGCCUUCAAUGUGCUACUUAUUAUAAAUGGUGGGGUAUGCUCUGUUUGGAUACCUUUUUCGUCAAUGUUAUAGACACACUCAGGUUUGUUGUGGAGGUCAUGUUUUUCAACAACGCUCAUCAAAUUGUUGAAAUAUUCAUGAACAUUGGCCUCUGAUGUGGCUUCAGCUCUGUAGUUGGACAGUGCCCUCGGACGAACAACUCGCAACUCAGGCCAUCGCUGCUGGAAAUCCUUAAACCAUUUCACAGACAAAGGUUUAUCAUUUGGCCUCUUACCAAGGAACACUGCAUAGUUUGUAGCACUUGCUACAACUUCACUGAUGGUAUAACCAUAUACAAGGGCAGCCAUUGUCUUGACAUGGUCAACUAGUUUGACCUCUUCUUCCUGAGAGAAGAAUGGAGCUGGUCCGGGUUUGAGGCAUUCAGGGUCAAUAACCCCUUUCACACGGUCCCAUAGUGUAGUAUGGGGAACACCAUACUGUUUUGCAACAGUUCUUACUGGCAAGCCACUGUCUUUUACUUUUAGGUAUGCAUUGUGAAGAGCUGUUGGUGAGUAAAGACCUCUGUGUUGAAUUAUCUUCUUAGGUUUUGACUGAAAAGAAAAAAGAAAAACAAACUUAACUUCAUGAUGAUCAAUUGUCAAGAAAGAAAAGCUGGAAUAUUUUUUCGGAACUGUGCUGUAGCUCUAAGAGCGAUAAUAAAAACAAAGUCACAUGACUGUCGCGUGACCCGGACUCGACGAAAAAAUCUACGUCUAUUGCAAUCAAAAUUGCAAAUGGAAAUAUGCUUUUUGGUGUGUAAAUGCACGUUUUGAUAAAUGCUUUCAAAACGUAAUAGCAAAAAACACAUAAAACCGUGUAAAUAACAAUAAAUGCAUUUCUUUUACCUGUUUUCGGCGCAUUUGUUGCAAGCUUAGUGGGCAAGUAGGUCACGGACUUCUUGAAUAACCAUUUGUUUAUGGAUGUAACGUCAUGCGCACUUUUGCGCAUGCGCAUAUAGAACCAAAACAAACCGUCCGAUAUCAGGUUCUGUUCGAUAAAAGGUACUUACACGAUACACUUAUUGCAUUUAGUGAUAAUUUACUCGCAUGCGCAAUUGAUCUUAAUGUGAUUGCUAACAAUGGCGUCAGGGGGUAAAGGUUUCGAUAUGGCGAGUCUGGAAGAGGAAAUUAAGAAAGCUCUGGGUGACAAAAAGGAGGAGACUAAAGAUUUUUUGUUUACAGCUGCCAUUGAUUUUGGAACAACAUUCACCGGUUAUGCAAUUUGUGUAAAACAGACGAUGGAAAUAUGCAUGAGCAUGUUUUCUUCUGAUGCAUUGUCCUCUGAAAAGGCCCCGACUUGCGUGUUAUUGGACAAGGACAAACAUUUCGUUGCCUUUGGCUACAAGGCAGAGGAGGAUUAUCAACGCAUAUGUGAGGAUGAGGAUGAACGCUCUGAAGAUUACUAUUUCUUCGAAAGGUUUAAAAUGGCUUUGUUUGAAACAAAGAAAUUAAAGCGAGAUACAUUGAUAAAAGAGUAUGGAGGGAAAGAGCUGGAGGCUAUGCAUGUUUUUGCCGAAGUGAUCAAACACCUAACAGAUUGCGUCUACCAAAACCUUCAUAGUAGAAUUGCUGGAGUUUCAAGUGACGAAGUGCUCUGGGUACUCACCGUGCCUGCAAUUUGGUCUGACGCUGCAAAACAGUUCAUGCGGGAAGCUGCCAAUAAGGCUGGUAUUCAUGAUUCACAGCUGAGGCUGAUAUUGGAACCGGAAGCUGCAUCGUUGUAUUGUCGAAGCCAGAACACAUGCAGGGUAAUUAAAGUCGAUGGAAGUGUGAAAUUGGAGCCAUUGCCCGUGGGUCAGAGGUACCUUGUGGCAGAUUUAGGAGGUGGUACAGCAGACAUUGCUGUUCAUGAAAUUCUUCAAGACAGCAAUCUGAAAGAAAUUUCUAGAUCGGACGGAGAUGCACAUGGCGGCAUGCAGAUAAAUAGGGCGUUCAUGCAAUUUCUAGAUGACGUGUUCGGACAAGAGGUAAUGUCCACAUUUUGUAAAGAUGUGUCGUCAGUAAUGAACCUUCGUCGUAAUUUUGAAGUUAAGAAAAGGCGCUUCGAAUACACAGACGAGAAUUUGAUAGUUUUCACCCUGACUGGGAUCACAGAAGCGGUUAAAAACACAAAGGAUGCAGAUAUGUCUGAAAUACAAAAUCUUGCACUCCAGAAGUUUGAAAACAAAAUAAAAUUUAUUAAAGGUGACAAAUUGUCUGUACACCCGGACUUAAUGAAAGGAUUUUUCCAGUCAGCGUUACAUGGAAUAAUCACAUUUAUCCAAAAGCUUCGGCACGAGAAUGAUCUGGGGAUCAUUAACACAGUACUUUUAGUCGGUGGACUGUCAGAAUCGAAAUACGUACAACAUAAAAUACAAAAUGAGAUAGAAGGGAUUCGUAUUAUAGUUCCAACAGAUGCCCGGUUGGCUGUCAUCAAAGGGGCUAUCAUCUUUGGAGAGGAACCGAAAGUAAUAACCGAUAGAAUCGCACGCUAUUCGUACGGAUUUUCAGUGGCCAGGGAGUUUAAAAUUAAUACGGAUCCCGAAAACUUGAAAGUUAUUCAAAACGGUGUUGAGCUUUGUAAUCAAGUAUUCGAUAAGUUAAUUACCAAAGGAGAAUGCGUGAAGAAAGGAGGUUUUCGGACAUCUCUCGUUAAAAAGGUGGCCUGCUUCGACGGCCUUUUUUCCUUCAUGUUGUCGAGCGCACUUCCAGUUAUAUCAAAAGUUUACAAGUCGGAGGAAACAGAACCAAAAUACGCAACUGAGGAACACGGCAGCGAAUGCAUCGGAAUGAUCUUUGUAACGCCUCCUGACGGAGGUUGGCCAUUGGUUGCCUUGAUAGCACACGGUUUGGUUGUUGGAGAAAGCGAACUUCGAGCAUUCGCAAUGGAUGUUCAGUCAAAGGAAAUAUUUGAAGCUAAAUUUGAUUGUCUCUAAAAACGUAUUUUGGGUUGCUUAGCCAAUCGAUAAAAGAAAGAAUGGACUUAAAUCUAUGGAAUGUUUCAGAGAGUAUUACACUUGCAUUUCAUUAAGCCAUAUCAGACGCAGCGUGCAAACUAUUUUGCCAAAACAUAUCACACGCGAUUUCUCAACGCUCGACUUUCUUCUAUUUAACACUAACACUUUGUUUUUUAUGAGAAUUUGUUAAUCAAUACGACAAAGUAGGUUGAAUUUUCUAGUAUAAACCUUUCAUAGACAUUGAGAAAUCAUAGCAAAAACUCAGAAGUUCUGUUUAAAUAGGAAAUAUAUCUAUAGUUAUAUUAACGUUUUAUCAAGUUGUAAUGCGUUUUUUUCCUGAUUCCAACUUACCCAUGCGUUAUCCCAGAAGAGGUCUCUGUGUAAGGUGCCCAUGUUUGAAGCGAAAUAACAAUAUCGCAAAUCAUUUGCAAAGACAUUGACCCUUUCCACCACAUAUGUAAUACCAGGCGUGAUACUCGGUAAGGAUCCGAUGUGUUGUAUUGACCAUUUGAAUGCGGUGACCACAAUUUUAUUCAUUGUGUAUACAUUUGUUGCAUAUUUGUUUCUGCACUUUGUCUAGACAUGUUGUCUUGUGUCAGAUUGGCCAUCUGUCUAAAGCUGAAAUUUCACUUAAUAUCUUAAGAUGAAGUUUCAUCAAACUGUCUAAUACCAUCUGUGUUGAGAUUUACGAAAUUAAAAAAGGGACCUCGACUUUUAUCACACCCUAUAUGCAUUCGCUUGCAUUAACAUUUUAAGUUUCAUCACAUUAUGGAAUUUCAUUCUCAAAACAUCGAGUGGAAACCAUUAUUUUAGUUUUACCGUUUUAAGGCUUUUUAUAUGUUAAGUUCUACCAGAUUAUCCCCAUGCGUUCUAAAGUUACUAAGGGGCCAUGAGGGCCAAAGUGACCCUUCUUUUCUCAUCUGAGUUAUGUUUUGCGUGUCACGAUUUAGCUUUUGUUAUAUAGCUCAAAUUUAAAAUAAUACC